AUGUUGACCGCAACGGCAUUGGCCCAUCUCGGGCCCAAUGGGACGCAAAACCAGCAGAGCCGACUGGAGCACGCGACUGAAGGGUUUACUGACGACGGCUAUGUUGGAGCAAAGGACCCGCCGAAAUCGAUGGAGUCGCGGCAUUCCACCGUGCAGGAGCUCGCCCGUGAAUUUACCCGCAACAGCUCCCACGACUCUGCCGGCGAGCCUAUCAUCGGCAGCGAUGACCCGGAUUCCCCACUGAACCCAUCCGGCCACAAGUUCAAUGCACGAGUGUGGGCCAAGAAUGUUGCCAGGAUUACUGAGGAGCGCGGUCAGGACUUCCGUCGAGUCGGCUUGUGUUUCCAGGACUUGAGCGUCUUUGGCUACAGCAGCGCGAUGGACUUUCAGAAGACUGUCGCAAAUAUCUGGCUAGCCCUGCCGGGAAUGAUUGCUCGUCGUCUCUUACCCAGCACCAGCACAUCAGGCCAAACCCGAGUGGAGAUCCUGCAGCAGUUUGACGGCAUCAUCCGUCCAGGAGAGAUGUGCGUGGUCCUGGGUCCUCCUGGGUCCGGUUGCUCGACCUUUCUGAAAACCAUCUCGGGCGAUCGGAAUGGUAUCUACGUCAACCGGAAUUCGUACUUCAACUAUCAAGGCAUCUCGGACAAGCAGAUGCACACUGCGCAUCGAGGCGAUGCUAUCUAUACUGCUGAGAUCGAUGUCCACUUUCCCAUGUUGACCGUUGGCGAGACCUUGACCUUUGCCUCGUACGCUCGCUGCCAAAGGGAGCUGCCAGCAGGCACCACUCGCAAACAAUACUGCGAACAUCUUCGCGACGUCGUUAUGGCCAUGUACGGAAUCACUCACACUAUUCAUACCAAAGUUGGGGACGAGUUCGUACGCGGACUUUCCGGGGGCGAACGCAAACGUGUCACGAUUGCGGAGGCGACGCUGUCCAACGCCCCAUUCCAGUGCUGGGACAACUCAACGCGCGGCCUGGACGCGGCCAACGCGGUUGAGUUCUGCAAGACCCUCCGGCUGCAGUCGGAAUUAUUCGGCCAGACAUGCGCUGUAUCGAUGUAUCAGGCACCUCAGAGCGCCUACAACCUAUUCGACAAGGCUCUGGUCAUUUACGAAGGGCAACAGAUCUACUUCGGACCUGCGUCCUGGGCCAAGGACUACUUCAUCAAUCUGGGGUUUGAGUGUCCGGCUCGGCAGACAACGCCCGACUUUCUCACAUCCAUGGCUUUUCCAGCGGAGCACAUCCCUCGUCCUGGCUGCAACCCACCGCGGACGGCCGCUGAGUUCGCAGCCGCUUGGAAAGGGAGUCCGGAGUACGAGGCUCUACGGCGUGAGAUUGAGGAUUACAAGGCUCAGCAUCCGAUUGACGGGCCGGACGCCCUGGCUUAUCGACAGCUCAAGAAGGCGCACCAGGCCAAGGGUUCAGCUCUGUAUGUGGCGAGGAUGGAGACGGUUUUGGGCAGAUCCCGGCCCGUCUAUCUGGUCAUGAUCGGGAACGUCAUUAUGGCGCUCAUCAUGUCGUCCUUGUUCUACAAUAUGGGCCAGACAACGGCGUCAUUCUACGGACGGGCUGUUGUUCUCUUCAUGGCUAUCCUGUUCAAUGCCUUCGCCUCUAUCCUCGAGGUCAUGACCCUGUACGCGCAACGGCCCAUUGUGGAAAAACAGGCCCGCUACGCCUUUUACCACCCUUCGGCUGAAUCAUAUGCUUCUGUCCUAGUUGACUUGCCCAUGAAGAUUACCGGCACCGUUUCCUUCAACUUGGUGUUCUAUUUCAUGACGAACCUGAACCGGCAUACUGGGAACUUCUUCUUCUACCUGCUGGUGGUCUUUCUCAUUGUUCUGGCCAUGUCUGGGAUCUUCAGAUUCAUCGGCGCGCUGUCUCGAACAGAACAACAAGCGAUGGUGCCCGCCUCAAUUCUGAUGCUUGCUCUGCUCGUCUUCACCGGCUUCGUGGUCCCGAUUCGCUACAUGCUGUCGUGGUGUCGGUGGAUCAACUACCUAAACCCCGUCGCGUACGGCUACGAAGCCCUGAUGGUGAACGAGUACCACUCCCGUAACUUCACCUGUUCAUCAUACAUCCCCAGUUAUGGAACUCCCGGUACGACAACCGUUGCCUGUGACGCCAUCGGUGCCGUACCGGGUCAAUCCUACGUCGGCGGCGAUGCGUAUAUCAACUCAGCGUACAGCUACUACCACAGUCAUAAGUGGCGCAACGUUGGCAUCAUCAUCGCCAUGGUGAUCUUUAACCAUAUCGUGUAUUUCGUGGCCAGCGAGUACGUCACAGCAAAGAAGUCGAAGGGAGAGAUCCUUGUUUUUCGUCGAGGAUGCGUCCCCAAACCUGCCAGCAAGCGCCGUCAGGACAUUGAGGGGUUGGCCUCGGGCGCGGUAACAGGUUUGCUGGAGAGGCCGGGCAAUGGCUACGAUUUGAGCAAGGAGGGAGGCUUUCAGGGCUCCACGAGCGUGUUCCACUGGAGCAAUGUGUGCUACGACAUCAAGAUCAAGGGCAAGCCUCGCCGCAUUCUGGAUAAUGUCGAUGGCUGGGUGAAGCCUGGAACCUUGACGGCCCUAAUGGGUGUUUCUGGAGCUGGCAAGACCACGCUGUUGGAUUGCCUUGCUGAUCGCCGCGCCGGUGUGGGCGUCCUCAUUGGCGAGAUGUUGGUGGAUGGAAAACUCCGCGACAAGAGCUUCCAGCGCAAGACUGGCUACGCACAACAGCAAGAUCUGCAUCUCGAGACGAGUACGGUUCGUGAGGCUCUGAGUUUCUCCGCUCUCCUUCGCCAGUCAGAGAGCGUCCCAAAGGCAGACAAACUGGCCUACGUCGACGAGGUCAUUCAGCUGCUCGACAUGCAGGAGUAUGCCGAUGCUGUUAUUGGCGUGCCAGGGGAAGGCCUGAACGUUGAGCAGCGCAAGCGCCUGACGAUUGGCAUCGAGCUGGCUGCUAAACCACCGCUUCUCUGCUUCAUUGACGAGCCGACGUCGGGCCUCGACUCCCAGACCAGCUGGGCUAUCCUAGACUUACUGACCAAGCUCUCCAAAGCGGGCCAGUCGAUCCUUUGCACCAUCCACCAGCCCUCUGCGAUGUUAUUCCAACGGUUUGAUCGCCUGCUCUUGCUUGCUGAGGGGGGCAAGACUGUUUAUUUCGGCGAAAUCGGAGACAGUUCAACAACCCUCAUCGAUUACUUCGAGCGCAAUGGUGCUAAGCCCUGCCCACCCGGCGGCAACCCAGGCGAGUGGAUGCUUGAGGCUAUCGGCACCGUACCCGGCAGCUAUUCAGAGGUCGACUGGCACGAAACGUGGCGCUCCAGCCCCGAAUACCGCACUGUCCAGAGAGAACUCGCCCAGCUGCGCUCCAAGAACCCGCCAGACUUGUCCACCGGUGGCAGCAACAACGAUUCCUCUUCAUACGACGAAUUUGCGACACCCCUCUGGCGCCAGUUCCUUGUGGUGACGGAGCGCGCAUUCCAACAGACUUGGCGCACACCAUCGUACAUCUACUCCAAGCUCCUCCUCUGCACCGCCACCUGCCUGUUCAUCGGCCUGGUCUUCCUCAACUCCCCACUAAGCAUCCAGGGCCUGCAGAACCAGAUGUUCGCAAUCUUCGAGCUGAUGAGUAUCGUCGGGCAGCUGGUAGACCAGCAGUUCCCCCACUUCAUCACGCAGCGCUCGCUCUACGAGGCCCGCGAGAGGCCCGCCAAAACAUACAGCUGGAAGAUUUUCAUGCUCAGCCAAAUCCUAACCGAGAUACCCUGGUACACAGUCGCCUCCUUGCUUAUGUGGGCGCUGUUCUACUUCCCCGUGGGCUUCUACAGAAACGCUGACGCUGCGGACCAAGGCCCCGAGCGUGGCGUGUUGAUGUUGCUCCUCUUCUGGGUGUUCCUGAUGUGGGUGUCCACGUUCGCGCACUUCUGCAUCUCGUUCGCCGGCUCAGCCGACGACGGCGGCAAUAUCGCCAACUUCAUGUUCGUGCUUGCCUUCUUCUUCUGCGGCGUCCUCGCCUCGCCGGACCAGAUGCCCCGCAUCUGGAUCUUCCUGUACCGCGCCUCGCCGCUCUCGUACUAUGUCUCAGCUGUCCUCUCGACGGGCCUCGCUAAUGUAAACGUGACCUGCGCGAGCAACGAGUUCACCACAUUCGAUCCGCCCGCCGGUCAGACGUGUGGCGAGUACAUGACUGAGCAUAUCUCCGCGGCGGGUGGGUAUCUGCUGGAAUCGGGUGCUACGGCCAACUGCCAGUACUGCAAGGUCAAGGAGACGAAUGUGUAUCUAGCGGCUAUUCAUGCGGAGUACGAGACCAGGUGGCGCAACUUUGGCAUCAUGUGGGCAUAUGUUGCUUUCAACGUUGCGGCGGCGAUGCUCUUGUACUGGGUGGCGAGGAUGCCCAAGGUUGUACUGUGUCUAACCUCUGUCGACCCUCCACAAGAGUCGUCGACCAACCAGGCAUCGAUCCCCGAGGCGCCCAACACGGGGUCAGCGUGCUGCUCCAUCGGCCGUACUUUAGGCCUCUUGACAUAUUUCCCCACCACAGCCCCCGCGUCGCGCCUCACCACUGCACAAGAAGGACCCUGCCCGGGCGAAUCUCCGACCGUUCAGUCGAUAGUCGCCCGCAAUGCAAUGAUCGUGCAGACCCUCAACGAUAUCCUACAAUGCGGAUGCUCCGAGGACGGGUAUCUUCUCGCCAUCCUAUCCGUCGAAAUCCCGAAAGGCCCGGGCUGCUGUGCCGCUAUCGUACGACAGCUCCCAAGUUUCGACACCAACAGUCCAUUCUGGGACGCUCCGAUGACCAUGACUGAUUCUGUCGCUGACUCGCAUUCGUCUCUUCACAUUCUGACCAAACCCAACAAGUUCCUCCCGGCGGCACGGCCCCACUCGGCUACGCGGGAGAAGGCAAGAAACAAACACGCAUGGCUGCGCAAGAGAUCCUCAGCCAACUUCAUCUCGUCCAGCGUUUGGUGA